GUGAAAUUUUAUUAAUGACUUGUUAUUUAUAAAAAUCCAAAAAAAAGAGUUGAGGUGCGAAGGAAAUACUCUGACAGCAUAUUGCUGUGAGUGCUGUCGGUCUGGGAAAGGAUUAGAAGACAUAAAAAUGUUGACAGUCCAUUAUAUUUUAUGCGCUUUGACCUGCGCUGCAUUCGUCGCUGCUGCUGAGUCAACGCACGGCGUUUAUGAGGACUGCGAGAAUCCGCCGCUAGUGGAUCACGGCAGCUUCGAGCUCUCCAAGACGACCGAAAUCUACAGAGCUUUCUACAGCUGCAAAGAGGGCUUCGAGCUGAAGGGCGCCAAGGAGCUGAUUUGCGAUGUGGAUGCCGACGAAUGGAAUACAGAGCCGCCGACUUGCGUGCUAAAGGCAGCAUCGCAUCGCAAAAAGAAAAUGUUAGAUAUACCAGAGGAGCCAACUGUGUCGACCCAGAUGGCCGAAUUGCUCGAUGUUAGCUGCAUAAAGGCCGAUGUAAGGGCACCCGAGAUAAGUCAUGGCCAAGUCACGCUGUACGAUCGGCGCCGUAAAGGCCGGAAGGUAUUUCUGGUGGCCUACUACAGCUGUAAUGAGAACUACGAGUUCGAGGACGCGCAGGUCACGGCCCUGUAUUGCAGAGCGAAGCAGUGGGUGGGGGAGCUUCCCGCUUGCAUACCGAAUGGAGGCGAACUAGACGACGACGACUACGAUGAAUACGAAACCGUUCACGAAUACGACACCGAGGACGAAGAUGAUGGGGAAGAGAAGGUAGAGUCCGCAGUAACUGAUGUCGAGACAUCGCAGCCUCCUCCACCGCUGCCACCUGCUGUGGAGCCAGAGGUGGUUCUGCAUAUUGCAGAGCCGGAACUUGCAGCUGAACUCCCUUCCGUGGAGCAACCUUCGGAAGUAGUGCCCAAGGCACAAGUGGAAAUGGUGACCUCAGUAGUAACAGAAACUGUUCCUGUGAACCCCACAACCACCACCACCAUACCUGAGCCACCGACUGCAAUCACUGAUAUAAAUAUUGUGGUUGAACCCACGCAGGAUCCUUACACGCCUCGCGUUAUCGACAACAAUUGUGGCCCCGAUCUGGGUGGUUGUGCUCACAAAUGCGAGCGCCUGCUCUUCCCAGAUGAAAACGAGCCAAGAUUGAAGUGCAGCUGCCAUGAAGGGUUUACCUUGGAUCCAAAUGACUAUACCAGCUGCCACGACAUUGAUGAAUGUCAGGAGUCGAAUGGCGGCUGUUCCCAUAUCUGCAACAAUUUGCCGGGCUCCUUCGAGUGUGCCUGCGAGACAGGAUUUGAAAUCAACGCGGCUACUGGCAAGGACUGCAUAGACAUUGAUGAGUGUGCUCAGCCUGAUGUGGCCGCACAAUGCCCGAGUGGCUGUGAGAAUUCGCCAGGCUCCUAUAGAUGCGUGCUGCCGUUGAAUACUAAGGAGGAUGCGGCAGCAGCGGCAGUCGAGGAAGAGAACAAUGAGAUUGAGGUGGAAGAGGAGCCACAGAUAGUGCGGGUAAAUGAGCAGCUCGUUUGUGGCACUGGCUAUCGCGUAUCGCCUGAUGGCGCCCAGUGCCUGGAUGUGGAUGAGUGUGCGGAGAACUUACACAAUGGCUGUGAACUGUGCAUUAAUUUGGAGGGCGGUUUUAAGUGUGGCUGCCCAGCUGGCUUCGAGCUGACGGUGGAUGGCAAGACCUGCCAGGACAUAAACGAAUGCGACAUUGUGCUGGCCGACGAUGCGGAUGAGGAAACGGUGCCGCAUCGCGUCUGUCCGCAGCUGUGUGUAAAUACCUUGGGCUCCUAUACCUGUGGUUGCGAACUGGGCUACCACUUGCUCGAAGAUCAGCGUAGCUGUGUUCGGGACAACUGCCAGGAUUUGGACAAUCCGCAACUGAAUCGCACACGGUGUGCUCAUCAGUGCGUGAACACAGAAAUUGGUGGCUAUGAGUGCGUCUGCCCCGAAGGCUACAAACUGGGCUAUGAUCUGCACAGCUGCAAUGUGGCCGAUAGUGAGUGUACCCGGGAAAAUGGACACGCCCACUGCCGACCCGGAAGCUGCCGCGAUAACGAAAACAGCACGAGCUACAGCUGUGUGUGUCCGCCUGGCUAUGCCAAUGAGGUUUACAGCUGCCUGGACAUCGAUGAAUGCGCCGCAGGCACUCAUCAGUGCAGCCACAAUUGCUUCAAUGUCGAAGGAGGCUACCAGUGCCUGUGUCCGGUGGGUUACGUAAUUGGCGACGAUGGCAACACCUGCGAAGACGUAGACGAGUGCAAGCUGGACAAUGGCGGUUGUCAGCAGCUCUGUCGUAACUUGCCAGGUGCACACGCUUGCGCCUGUGACCCUGGCUAUGAAUUAGCAGCGGACGAGCGGAGCUGCUUCGAUAUCGAUGAGUGUGCGACUCAAGCAACUAGCAAUUGCACCCACGACUGCCUCAACAAGCCCGGUGGCUACGAAUGCGCUUGUCCGCCUGGCUUUCUUUUGCAGGAGGAUCUGCACAGCUGCCUGCCUGCGCUGGUCGGCUGUCCACCGGGCAGCCAACAAACGGACGAAGGCUGCACUCUCGUGGAAUGUGGCGAGGGUUUGCUGCUUGGCGCUGACGGCAACUGCGUCGACAUUGACGAGUGCCAGUUGAACAACGGUGGCUGCUCUCAUCAGUGCAUCAAUCGACGCGGUGGUUACAAGUGCAGCUGCCCCAUGGGUCUCAACCUAGUCGAUGGGAAACAAUGCGUGGCCAAUUGUGGUGUGGGCUAUCAACGGAGUCGCUCCGAUCCCACCGACUGUGUGGAUGUGGAUGAGUGCGCUCGACCUGGCUUGUGCUCCCACGAAUGUGAGAACACGCAUGGCUCCUACAAGUGUCUAUGCCCAGCUGGCUACACUUUGGAUCUAAAUGGACGCGAUUGUAACGACAUUGAUGAGUGUGCCGUGGACAAUGGUGGUUGUCUGAGCGGGGUUUGCGUUAAUCAGCCCGGCAGCUUUAAGUGCAAUGCCAAUUGUGGUCCUGGCUACCAACGCAGCACCAUCGAUCCCACCAGGUGCAUAGACACGGACGAGUGUGCCUUGCCGGGCACAUGCCAGCACCAGUGUGAGAACACACCCGGCUCCUUCAGGUGCCUCUGCCGAACGGGCUACACACUCGCUCUCAAUGGACGCGACUGCGUCGAUGUGGAUGAGUGUGCGGUAAACAAUGGAGGCUGUACAAACGGAGUUUGUGUGAAUCUGCCGGGCGGCUUCAAGUGUGAGUGUCCAGCAGGAUACACGGAGAGCUUUAAUGGGCGCGACUGCAUCGACGUGGACGAGUGUGCUGUGAACAAUGGGGGUUGCUUGGGUGGCACCUGCAUUAACGAACCCGGUGGCUUCAGAUGCAAGUGUGGUUCCGAGCAGACGUUAUCGCUCGAUGGACGCAGCUGUCGGUGCCCCCGAGGCUACACAUUGAGCUUCAAUGGUCGGGAUUGCAUCGAUGAGGAUGAAUGUGCCGUGGGCAAUGGCGGCUGUGUGGGUGGCAUCUGCAUUAACGAACCCGGCAGCUUCAAGUGCCAGUGUGGCCCGGGAAAGACACUCUCACUCGAUGGGCGCACUUGUGUGGCCGCUCGUACUCUGGACCUAGAGGUGGUGGACCAUUGCUCUCGAUUCCAAGCGCCUGUCAACGGUGAAGCGCACUGCAACAAGUACCGUCACAAGAGCAAACGAUACUACACCACUCGCUGUAAAGUGAAGUGCAACCAAGGCUAUCUGUUGCAGGGCUCCGAGUUCAGAACUUGCGGUGCAGCGGGCGUUUGGGAGGGUCAGGACAACAAGUGUCUAGCUAUCAGUCAGCGACCGACAUUCCCGCAGCUAGGCAGUGGCUUUAUGUUAGGCUCACGCAUAGCGUCUUGCCCACCGCUGAAAACUCCUUCCAACGGCAUCAUUCUGCCCAUCAGCUGUACUCAGCAGGCUUCCAGAUUUGGCACCAGCUGUUACCUGAACUGUAACAAUGGCUAUGUGCCGGCGACCGUGUUUACUACCAGCUGUAUGGCUCGCGAUGGCUGGUCCUUCGGUGACAAUUUGAGUUGCCGGCCCAUCAAUCAGUUUAGAAAUCAACUAGCCGGACCACGUUACUCGGCUUGGAUAUCCAGUGCACCGCAGCAGCAGAGACCAUUCAGUGUGUUUGCGCCUUCGAUCCGCUAUGAGCAGCCUUCAUCGAAGAUUGUUCAACGCAAGCCCAAACGUCCAGCGCCUUACAUCAAGUGUCCGCAAAAUACUGUGAUUGUCCUCAAUGAGGGACAGUCAAAGGCGCAUGUGAUACUGGAGAAGCCGCAAACCAACUUGGAUUUCCGUUAUGUCGAGGCGAAUCCGGCCUGGGCUGCUAAACUGCAGGCCCAUCUGCAGGCGGGAGUGCACAAAAUUGGCUACAAGGUGCGCGAUCCAGUUUCAGGUCAAACAGCUAGUUGCCAUACUUUAAUCACCAUCGAGCACUCCACACCAAUAGCAGUUACGCCUUCUGCUCCAACUUCUAGUCUGUUGAAUGAGGUGUCCUAUGCUGGUGGCAGCGGGAGCUUCUGCACACCUUCCUUCGAGGUCAGUCUGAAGGAGAAUCAGAACUUGCGCUCCGUGCUGUGGGAGGAGCCACGCUUUGAGGGCAAGCUGCUCAAAAUUUACAAAUCUCAUUUUCCGGGAGCGCUCUUCGCCCAAGGCGAUCACACCAUACGGUAUGAAGCCACCACCACCGACGGUGUAACCUCACGUUGCACUUUCAAGAUACAUGUGAAAGCCGCUUCUCCCUCAGCACCAGCUGAAUUUGAGAGCAUUAGUUACCCUGCCUCACCUCUACCCGAACCUGCGGCCCUCACCCAAAUCUCCCACUCUGAUCACGAGUCCUAUGUCGUUUGUCCGGACCAGGAGCCAGUCAAGGUGACGGCUCAUCAAUCCGUCACCCUGCCCGUGGGCUGCACUCUCAAGAACGUGCGCAAAAAUAAACGCCCCAGUUCACAGGUUAAUUUGAUGCGCGGACUCCUCACCUCCCGCUGGCGUCCACACGCCAACUAUUAAUUAAUAUUAAUUUAUUUAUGAGCUGUACUGUAAACAUAAUAUUACGUGUGCAUUUCUGAUGCACACAUAAAUGCCAAAUUAUUUUGCUCUACGCACUUUAUGUGCCAAGCAAUUUUAAUGAAUAAAUACAAUACUUAAAACAUUUUUAA